GCAUGGUCCUGGGGGAGACCAGAUAUAGUGAAUGCAGGGUGGGAGACCGGGGGAGACCAGACUAUAGUGAAUGCAGGGUCCUGGGAGACCAGAUAUAGUGAAUGCAGGGUCCUGGGAGGACAGGAUAUAGUGGAAUGCAGGGUCCGGGGAGACCAGAUAUAGGUGAAUGCAGGGUCCGGGGAGACCGGAUAUAGUGAAUGCAGGGUCCGGGGAGACCGGAUAUAGUGAAUGCAGGGUCCUGGGAGACCAGAUAUAGUGAAUGCAGGGUCCGGGAGAGACCAGAUAUAGUGAAUGCAGGGUCCGGGGAGACCAGAUAUAGUGAAUGCAGGGGUCCGGGGAGACUGGAUAUAGUGAAUGCGGGGUCCGGGGAGACCGGAUAUGGUGAAUGCGGGGGUAUGGGGAGACCGGAUAUAGUGAAUGCAGGGUCCAGGGAGACAAGAUAUAGUGAAUGCAGGGUCCAGGGGGAGACCAGAUAUAGUGAAUGCAGGGUCCUGGGAGACCAGAUAUAGUGAAUGCAGGGUCCAGGGAGACCAGAUAUAGUGAAUGCA